AUGAUUCGUGUUCAAAUAGCCAAACACCUACACAAACCUCUGAAUCUCAAACCAAAACCCUUAACCCUCUUCUUCUCUUCUUCUUCUUCACAACAACAACAACAAAUUUCUGUAACUUCCGCAUUUUCAAUCCUCACCAACCAACGUUCCAAAUCCCGCUGGAACACUCUCCAUUCCCUCUACCCACACGGCUUCAACCCCAACGAUUUCUCCCAAAUCACUCUCCACCUCCACAACAAACCCCACCUCGCUCUUCACUUCUACCAAUGGACCAAAUCCAAAUCCCUCUGUCACCACAACCUUUCCUCCUACUCCACCAUCAUCCAUAUCCUCGCACGCGCCCGUCUUUACUCACACGCUUACAACACCAUCAGAACCGCUCUUCUCGAUUCCAAAACCCAGUCCACUUCCACGCCGUUGAAGCUUUUCGAGAUUCUCGUUAAUUCUUAUCGAGAUUGUGGAUCUUCUCCUUUUGUUUUUGAUUUGUUGAUUAAAGCAUGUUUACAGUCUAGAAAAAUUGAAGCUUCCAUAGAAAUUAUUAGAAUGCUACUCUCUCGUCGGAUUAGCCCCAAUGUUAUGACUUUGAAUUCUUUGAUUUCUAGGGUUUGUUCAAAAUUUGGGGUGGAUUUAGGGUAUGCGAUUUACAGAGAGUUUUUUAGGUUAGACGAAGAAAAAUAUGAUUUUUCGAAAAGGGGUUUUAGAGUUGUUAACCCUAAUGUGCAUACUUUUAAUACAUUGAUGUUGUGUUGUUAUCAAAAUGGUUUGAUGGAGAAGGUUGAGGAAAUUUGGGGUGAAAUGAGUUGUGAUCCUAAUGCUUAUAGCUAUAGUUUAUUGAUGAGUGCAUUUUGUGAGGGAGGGAGGAUGGGAGAUUGUGAAGAGAUGUGGAAGGAAAUGAGGAAGAAGGAAAUUGAGCCUGAUGUGGUUAGUUACAACACUAUAAUUGGUGGGUUUUGUAAGAUUGGUGAUGUUGGAAAAGCUGAGGAGUUUUUAAGAGAAAUGGGAUUGGUUGGUAUUGAUGCAACUGGUUCAACUUAUGAGGAUCUUGUUCAGGGGUAUUGUAAUGUCGAGGAUGUUGAUUCAGCUGUUCUUGUUUAUAAGGAUAUGUUGAGGAAGGAUUUUAGACCUGAUUCAUUAAUCCUUGAUAUGGUGGUUAGGUUGCUUUGUGAUAGAGGUAGGAUUGAAGAAGCUAUGGAGUUUUUCAGGAGUGGAGUUGUGAAGUUUGAGUUGGAUCCAAAGGAUAAGAGUUACGAGGCCUUGAUUAAAGGGUUGUGUUUUGAGGGGAGGAUGGAAGAAGGGUUGAAACUUCAGGCAGAGAUGGUAGGAAAAGGGUUUGAACCAAAUUCAGAAAUGUAUGAAGCUUUUAUUGAUGGGUAUAUUAGACAAGGGAAUGAGGAAAUGGCAGAAGCUUUGAGGAGAGAAAUGGUGCAAACUCUUGCAGAGAUAACCGAUUAA